AACUUGAACGACUUCGUCAAAUUUCAAACCAGCUAUUCCCAAGUCGAAAUAUGAAAGUGACAUCCUUUCAAUAGCAUAUUUGUCGCAGCUUACCAAUGAUUCGAAUUAGCCAAUUUCUCCGGAAUUCUCAGUUAUCUUUCCGCAUCAGCCCGCCGUUAGCUCGGAAUUCAAGGCAACCCAAUGUCCGCUAUGUAAAAUUCCAGAAACCAUGGAUCAGGAAAGUUUUCACUGCCUUUUUACUAUAUGGGACUGCUUUUCAUCUAUGGAGCUCGUUUGUUCUACUGCAAUUUGAUGCUGCACCCGAAGACGACGAUGUGUCUCGGCGACCUAGCAUGAGCGAGAAAUACGCACGCACAAACAAAAAUGAGAGCGAUAAAGAUACCACAGGUGAUAUGGAGGACUUUGAAGAGGACCCUAUAUAUAUCCCGUUGAGUUGGCCACGCAGACAUGAGGGCAAAUUCUAUGCCGCAUCAGACCCAGAAUGGCAGGAGUUCAUCAAACUUGCCAGAGACCAAAAAAAAAUACGGUCAUUGAAAGAUGAACUGGCAACGAUCGUUUUGAAUGAUGCCUCUCGAUCAAGUCUGCUUUCACACGUACUAGGACAACCCCUCAACAUAACAGGAUCCUGGUUACUGCACCAUUUCCCAUCACGUGCACCACCUGAAUAUGAUCGACUAUGUCUGGAUAUUAGCGAUACCGGCGUAUACCUGGUGACGAAACGGAUGCCUAGCGAGGAUGGCGACAAGCUCCAGAGAUUCAUGCGACCUAUUUCUGUGGUCCUCGCAAUCAAAGAUGCUUCUUUGGUUUUCUUUAGAAGGCAGCUCCUUCGGUUGCAGUCUAGGAACUCGGACCGAGAACACACCGCAAGCACAUCGGAUUUCCCGCACCCCAAGCAUGCAUUCUCACGAGAUGCAGGGGAUUUGAAUGGGUUAAAUCACAUAACUCAAUCUGAAUCUCAAUUACCACUUCCUGACGGUCAUCAAGAGAAAUUACCACGUGACAAUGAACAUGGUAAUCUUCAUCCAUCAUCGAUUAUCUCUUCUGUGCAGCGAUUGCCACUGCCUGAAUUUGGACCUGGAUCCGAUUUUUAUCUUGCAUUGCUAGCUUUCAAAUGGCGAUUGACUGAGAGUUGGGCUCGAGCGCCCCAUACACCGCGCCGUGGCACAUUUUAUAUUACUGGACCCGUGGGACUAAAAGGCCCAAGAGGAUUUUGCAGGGUUGAAGUGAGAGGUGAAUACGAUCCAGCUGCGUCAAGUUGGACUGCUGUGAAAAUUCAAUUAAAGGAUUUGAAUGUUUUCAAGCAAAAGCCACUUGGUGGUCCAUGAUCAGAAACUAAUACACCGAGGUAUGACGAGGUAUUAGCCACUUACUUGACGACGGACAUAUAUGCAGUGCUUGCUCUACUUGUACAUACCCCUGUGCCUACAUAAUACAUAAAAUUAGAAUGUACAUAUACACUAGUGUGGAUCUGACCAAAUACAAAUAAUUGUCAUUUCAAGUGACAUGACGU